GUGUGCUGCUUCAGGCAUUCCCACGCCUCUGCCCAGAUUGUUUGUUGUGCAUAUCACACACGCUUGACAAACAUUUUUGUGAGUAACUUGUGAACCCUUUUUUAUACCAAUGUCUAGAUAUGUCAACCAUCAUCCCUCCUUUUGACGGUCUUUCCCAUGUGUCAAUUUUGCAUAAUGAGGAGACAGAUGUUUAUAGUGGUCAUUAUCUUCAUCGGGCGCAUCUUCCUAAUCUGGCUUGCAUGGACCACGAGACUACCUGAAGCGAGACAAUCUGACUGUGGAGGAAGUUGAAAUAGGAUCACAUUGACAUGUCAAGUGUGUCAGGUGUCUGAUGAACUAUUCCCCUUGUCUUCCCCUGGCUAACUCCAUAUAAAGUCCAGGCCCAGUGCUUGUGCUGUAUCUAGCUACAUAAUCAGAGGAUGUUGAUAACCUGAAAAGCCAACAAGUCAAACACAGCAAAAAGCUUACUGAACAGAGAAACCCGGCAGGCCACACAUUACAUUCACACAGAAUACAUUUACAACAGACCACGAGCUCCCGAUGGCAAAUGCAGUUGAAGCGUCAGGCCUAGAUGUCCUUCAGCCAGAUCAGUUUGAGGGUGAAGUCUUUGAUCAGGAGGAUGUUCAUCGCAUUCAGGCCAGCUACUACAAGGGUGCCCCUCCUCAGUGGGUGAACUUCUACUUAGCAGAGAGGAGCGGAACGCCAUUUGUAAAAAGAGACGGCUAUGAAGAGAUGAAAAGAUGUAUUGAGAUACACAGAAGGAAAAGAAAGACCGUCACCAAGGUUAACCUGCUACACCAGCCAGGUAGUGGAGGAUCUACCUUGGCAAUGCAAGCUCUGUGGGAUCUGAGGAAAGAUUUCCUGUGCGCAAAACUGAAAGACAUAGAAACUGUCUCAAAUACCAUUGCCAAAGAUGUUAUCAACCUGGCCAGCGUGCAAAAUAUCAAACAAAACAAAGGAAAGCCUAUUCUGCUAUUACUUGAUAAUGCCUACAAGCUGAAAGAAUUUCGUACAAACUCUACAGAAGAGGCUUAUUGAUAAGCUGAAUGAUGUCAAAACCCUGCCUGUCAUUAUUUUGAACUGUGUCCGGAAAGUUGAAUUCACAACCUGUAAUCUCAACAACACAGUGCUCUUGAAUGCAAAGCUUCAAAUGGAGAGGGAGGGAGAGAUGGGGGAGAAGGGGAAAUUUGAUCAACAUCACAGGAGUGUCACUAUGCAAUUUGAAAAUUAACACAAUAUGUUCCAUGGUUUUAAUAUGAUCCAUGGUGAUUUCUGCUCAGAAUACACAGCAGAUGUAUGCAAUGUCAUAGUGCCCCCGAGAACAGAGACCAGAGACCAGCUCUUUGCAAUUCUCGCCUUGGUCAAUACGUACGCCCCUGGCUCUGACUUUCUUCUCAAUCAGUGCGAGAAGUUUCUGCAAAACAGAAAACAUAGCACUCAUGGACCACCAAUGUUUGAGGAUCAGAUGGGACGUUUCUCCGAUCUCUUAGUUACGUACACCAACUUUGAGAACACCACGGACUAUGUGCGUAUAGCUCAUCCAAUGAUUGCCACUAAAUGUGUUCAAUUAUUUAGAGACCAUGGCCUAAGUAUGGGUGAGGUGACUUUUCUGUUUCUGCAGAACUUCUGCGCGAAUACAGAAUCUCCACGCCUGAUGCAGACAACAAAGUCAAUGCUCACUCUGCGAGAAAUGCAAGGUAAAAACGAGGGGAAAGAAAGAUUUUCCAAACUGAUCCGGCACGUCUACGAAAAAGAGGGGAAAAACAAAUGUAGAAGACUGUUGAUGGAGGCUUCCAAGAUCUUUCAAGAGCGGACAGGCUUCCCACAAGCUCUAGCACGUUGCUAUUACCUCAUGGUUGAUAAAAGGUGGCCAAUAUAUGAGAAGGACUACAUCAAUGCUGAAAAAUGGGCAAAAGAGACCAUCAAGAGACAUCCCAAUAAUUCAUUCAUCAUUGACACCCUGGGGCAAGUUCACAAACACCACUUGUUUCACUAUGUGGGGAAUGGAGAAAAGAAAUGCCAAUCUGAGGUAUUGAGAUUAGGACUUCUGGCUAUCAACGCUUUUCAGGAGGAAGAAAUGGCUGCUGAGAAGGAAGAGGCUGAAGAAAGUGACAAUGAAGCCACUGUAAACUUUUCUUCCAUUUUCAACACAAGGGGAAAGUUGGGAUAUCUGCAGGUUGCUGAGAAGCUUUUUGAGAGUCUUCAAAAGAUCAACAGAGAUUGGCGUGAUGUCCUCACUUGUUCUAAAAGGAUUCAAGAAUCCUUGGCCGUUCAAUUUACGCGCAAAUCCCGGAAUCUCACUAUCAAUCUCAGAGCAGAGGUCAAGAAGAGGUUUGGGUUUUUUGAAAAAUAUCUCACCUACUCCAAACCUGAUUCCAUGAAGGAUGACCCAAUUUACAUCAGAAAGCGCGCCAACGACUGUUACGCCAAAUAUGUAGAAAAACCACCUAGAGUUUUGAAAAUGAUGCAUGAGGAUGAAGAUGAGAUGGAGGAAGAUGUGAUAGUAACUAUGACUGAUUUACAAGAAUUUUUGAGGAGAGAGGACACCUAACGCAAUCCAGAGUUCUACCACCUUGCCUUGCUCAAGCCUGCUGAGGACCAAAACCUCAUGGAUGUGGUCAUGAAGAUGAGGGAGUCUUAUAACAACCUGUACAAGAAAUACUUUCGCUCUCGUUACCUGGUGCCCCUCUACAUGAGGUCUACAGAAGGCUGGCAAACCCUCAGUGAACUAUCACUUAAGCCCUGGGAGAUAGAGAAGGGAACACACAAUGAUGCAAAGGACACAGAAGAUGAAGCAGACUCUGAUCA